AGUUCGAUCUAAACAAGGUCCACACAAUUUUAGGUACCUUAGGCUGCCGUUUUUGGUCCGUGCGGGGAGAGGAUCUUUGCCGCCUCCACAUUAUUAAGUGUACCGUGCACCUUGCAUUUUCGCACCUGCUUCACACCUUCCCAUGUCCGCAGUCUCUUACCCAUCACACUCGCCUCUGCAUUAAUCACUUGUCAACCUUAUUAAUUUCAGCAGUUGCGUCGUCGGGUCUUAAUCGUACAAACUGUAACCUGCGACUCGCAACCUGACAAACCUAACAACUCCUCCCACCUUGAACAUCUUAAAAUCAAGACCGCUACGUCCCUUUUCCCACCUCAAUCCAAAAUCGUAGCCGGUCCAUCCAAACCCUCCCUCCCACAUCGUCAUUCCGGUUGCCCACACAUUUGACGCCUUCGAGGUUUUUCUCCCCUCCUCGUCGGGUUUUUUUCUUAGCCCUGGUCUUUCUUCAAGGUUCCCACACCAAACCACAAUUCGUUUGAUCGGGUCGUCGUUUACCAAACCUUUGAUCUGUAGGCUGCUGUCGUUUCUGCGACUUCUUUGCAGACGAGGUCUUUUCCUACUCGUCGCGCACGAGGAUCUCGGCUUUUACUUAGGUCUUCGUCCAAAAUAGGAUCUCAGCGCCUGCAAGUUACAAUCGACCGCAGUUAUGGCGUCCACUGAGGUUUCUGCUACCAGGCUCUACCUGGGAAACCUGCCUAAGGGUGCUACCAAGGCCGAUGUCGAAGCUCACUUCGCGACCCAUGGCACUGGUGAGAUUACCGAGGUCAAGCUGAUGAAUGGAUUCGGCUUCAUUGAAUACAAGGAUCCUAUGGAUGCGCGCGAUGUUGUUCCUGCUUUCCAUGGAUCUGACUUCAUGGGCGAACGCUUGACCGUGCAGUUCGCUCGAGGCUCUCGUCACCGCGAAGGCUUCGGUGGCCACGAACGCAGCGCUCCGCGCCCUCGUCGCACCCCUCAUCGCAUGCAGAUAACUGGACUUCCCAAUGAAACCAGCUGGCAGGACCUCAAAGACUUUGCCCGACAAUCUAGUCUGGAUGUCGUUUACUCGGAGACUGGCCGCGACGGCAAUGGCCGUGGCUUCGUCGAGUUUGAAACCGCCGCGGAUUUGAAGACUGCGGUGGAGAAGCUUGACGGCCGCGAAUUCAAGGGACAACGAGUCAACUGCAUCGCUGACACCCAGCCGGACUUCCCUGUCCGCGAGCGCGGUGGUCGCUCGCGCUCUCCCACGGGUCGUCGACCUCACGGCCCACCCGGUGACGGAUAUGAUCGACGUGGUCCGCCUCGUGGCUACAGCCCUCGCGGUUAUCGUGAUGAUUAUCGCGACAGGAGCCCUCCUCGUCGCGACUAUUACGACGAUCGUCGUUACAGGUCGCCGCCACGCCGUGGACCUAUCGAUGACUAUCCGCCCCCGCGUGGACGUUACGAGGACCCGUACCGACGCGACUAUGGCCCUCCUCCGGACCCGUACGUCAACGGUCGACCCUACGAUCGACCUCCGCGAGACUUCCCACCUCGGGAUGGUGGAUACGGAGCUCGCGAAGGCGGUGGUUAUCCUCGAGAGGACUACCGUCGGGGUGGCGGUGGUUACUGGUAAAUUUCUCAAGUUCAACUCUAUUUGAACGACCCCCCUUACGUUAUCUAGAUACCUCGCCGUUCCUCGUCCG